AAUCUAAAUAUUAUUCUAAUAAUAAUAAUAAUCAUAAUAAUAAUAAUAAUAAUCAUAAUCAUCAUCAUCAUUGUCGUCGUCGUCACUACACCAGGAACGGAGCAUAGCGGCGGAGAAUUGGGGACAUUUCACCUUGCCCCCGCAAAAUAACUCUGCGGAAGAGUAUUCCCUUCAUCUGCCGCAAUAACAGCGGCGAUUGCAUCUGGAAACGCCACAGAUGAGGAUCAAAUGAUAAUUCAAUUUCUAUUUACCCCUUUUUUUAUCUCAUACACUAUUUUUACCUUAUCAUAGUUAAUCGAUUUUUCCCAAUUUUGCCAAAUUACCCGCGAAGGGAGCUGGGUAGCGCGCGAAACACCGCCAUCGCUGCAAUACCGUGCCCAACUGCUGCCUAUCCAUCCUCUUUUAUCUGGCGUCGAGGUUUUGCCUCUCAUCCAUAAUUUCUGAAACCCAAAGUCCCUCAUCCACGGUGUGCAAAAUCCCCAACUUCUGCCCCAGGUUGUCGAGACGCGUAGCUGCCAUCCGAGCUUUUCCCACCGGCGGCGAAGUUUCCCAUCUCCUCGAUUGAAACCGUGACACCCUCCUCCACAGUGCGCCAAUCUCGGCCAUCACCGCCUCUCCCCUGUCACUAGUUGAGUGCAUGACAUGGUCCACGAGGCACUCAACUUCCUGAGACUGCAGAGUAAUGAUGAAGACUCGAUGGAUGAUCAUGUCGGAGACGGUGUGGAGGGGUUGCCGAAAGUUUUCUGACGAACCUAGCCGCGAGGCUCGUGCCUUACAUGAAUUGCUUGAGGAUGGCGAGUAGGAACUAUAUCCAGGAUGCUCAAGAUUCUCGAAGUUGUCUUUCUUGGUGAGGCUAUACCAUAUAAAGUGCAUGUGCGGAGUGAGCGACAUGGCUUUCGGGUUAAUUCUAGAGCUAUUGGGGGACGCCUUUGAGCAUGCAAAGAUUUCGAAGACCUUGCACGAUGCCAAGAAGAUCAUAAGGAAGCUCGGUAUUGAGUACAAGAAGAUAAAUGUAUGUCCAAAUGACUGCAUGCUAUACCAGGGUUAUGACGAAGACCUGUCUAGAUGCAAACAGUGUGGAGCAUCCAGGUGGAAGCUACAGACAAAAAAGAAUUCUUUAGUAAGGAUUAACGCCGUUGUCAAGAAGAAUGGAAAACCUCAAGCGGCGAAGAUUCUUCGUUAUUUUCCUCUAAUUCCACAGUUGCAGCGAUUAUUCAUAUCCAACAAGACAUCCGUGGACAUGUUGUGGCACAAGAGAGGAACUAACCCUGACGGUUCCUUGAGGCAUCCCAGGGAUGGCGAGGCUUGGAAAUUAUUUGACAGGAGAUAUACUGACUUUUCUGGCGAUCCGCGUAGUGUUCGCUUAGCCUUGGCCAGUGAUGGCUUCAAUCCUUUUGGAAACAUGAGUUCAAAGUACUCAAUAUGGCCAGUGAUUCUUAUUCUGUACAACUUACCCCCUUGGAUUUGCAUGAAACAAACCAACUUUAUUCUCUCUAUGAUUAUUCCCAGUCCUAAAAUUCCCGUCAAUGACAUAGAUGUCUACCUACAGCCCCUGAUCGAUGAGUUGAAGCAGUUGUGGGCCGGUGUUGAUACAUACGACGCUAGUGAGAAGAAAACAUUCAAGAUGCAUGCUGCGUUGAUGUGGACUAUCAGUGUUUUUUUCUAGCUUGGGCAAUUUAUCUAGCUGGAAUACGUAUGGCGGGAGAGCUUUCCCCACGUGCGAUUUGGACGCUGAGACUAGGCGACUCACCUUCAGUUAGAAAUGGUGUUGGAUGGGUCAUCAUCGCUUCUUGAAUCAUGAUCGCAGAUAUAGACAGGACCGGAGUAGAUUUGAUGGCAAGGUAGAAAAUAUAUCCCCACCUGUCAAAUUGACUGGCAGGGAUAUCUUGAGACAGUUGGAGGGUGUGCCCGUCUCAUAGGGCAAAGUGCAAGCAGUGGACGGUAAAAGAAGGCGCAGACAACAAACCGUGGUGCAAGACGAGUCUCCCUGGAAAAAGAGGAGUAUAUUCUUUGAUCUCCCAUACUGGGAGAAUAAUAAAUUACGUCACAACCUUGACGUGAUGCACAUAAAGAAGAAUGUGUGCGACAACAUUGUUUCAACCAUGUUGAACGAGAGUGGUAAAUCCAAAGACCACCUAAAAACUCGAAAAGAUCUCCAGUUGAUGGGAAUCAGGCAUGAUAUGUGGCCUCUUGAAGAUGGAAAGUAUCCCUCUGCAGUCUUUACCAUGUCGAAUCCACAGAAGGAUGUCUUUCUUAGGACCAUCAAGAAUGUAGUCUUUCCAGACGGGUACUCUAGCAACAUCUCUCGCUGUGUUGAUUUAAAACAGCGCAAGUUAUCGGGCUUGAAGAGUCACGACUGCCACAUUCUAAUGGAACAUCUAUUACCAAUUGCGUCAAAACAUGUAUUGCCCACCCCAGUGUCCGCCAUCUUAGCUGAGCUAUCAGCCUUUUUCCGACUAACAUGUAGUAAAUCCAUAGAUCCUCAGCAACUUCCUCUCCUUCAGGAUCAUGUGGUCCAUACUCUAUGUCACAUGGGGAUGAUAUUUCCACCUUCCUUCUUCACAGUCAUGGUCCAUCUAACGGUGCAUUUAGUCGAGGAGGUACGCCUCGGUGGCCCAGUGCAUUACCAGUGGAUGUACCCAAUUGAGAGGGCACAACCAGAAGGAUCGAUUACAGAGGCCUACUUAUCCGAGAAGAUUCUCACAUUUUGUUUAAGUUACCUGGAUAAUGUCGACAAUAAGAUCAACCGACCGACGCGCGUUGACGAUAGGCCGAGAGAUGCUCCGCCAAGCGAGAUUGCCAGCAUGUUCCCAGAAGUUGGAAAGGGGUCGGGGCUGCUUCAUAUUUUACUCUAACAGCAACAGAAAACCUUUAAGCACAUCGUCAUGUAUUAGUCAAUUGUAUUGAUGUGGAGAAAUUCUUGGAGUAAGUAUAGAUCAUGAGGUCUAAAAUUAUACAUUGAGCCAAUAUGGUAUUGAUAGUAUUGAGCUUGAACAAACUUUCUGUAUGUAUAGUGAGUUCAGAGCCUUCACGAAAAGAAAACUGCGAAAUAAAAUAAGGUCCCAGUCUCACAUAGAUAGUGUUGUACACAGAGAAUUUCCCAACUGGUUUAGGCACGAGGUAAUCCUUUAUAUCUUAGGAUCCUACUACCCUUUCAUGCUAUGUUGCCUCUAAUGGUUCAAUGCCAGGUCCCAUUUGGAAGCACCAGUCAUUCGAACGAGUUGCAGGGGCUUGCCUGUGGUCCCCUUACUCGGGCUAGACGCUUUCAGGCUUACAACGUCAAUUGAUUUAAAUUUAGAACCAUGUCAAGGGAGAAUGAAUGAAAACAUAGAAUAGGGGUUUAUUUCACUUCAGAUACUAGAAGUUAUGCAAGCAAACGAGAUGUCAACGUUGCUGUUGGCAGUGUCUCGUAUUACGGGAGAUUAGUAGACAUCAUCGAGCUAAAUUACAGUGGUCAAUUCACUGUAGUCUUGUUCAAAUGUCUUUGGGUAGACACCACGUCGGACAGAGGCAUAUGACAAGAUGUUUUGGGCCACACCUGUGUCAAUUUUGCCUCUCCGAAUCACAUCGAUGAUCGAGAAGACGAUGAGCCAUACAUCUUAGCCUCUGAGGCGCGUCUUGUGUUCUAUGUGGAGGAUGAGGAUGACAACGGAUGGAGUGUAGUAGUCCAUGUGAAGCCAAGAGAUUUUUUUGACAUGAGUGAAGAUUAUGAACAUUGUGAAAUCGACUUUCAUCCCCAAUCUUGUAUGACUAGCUUGCCUGAAUUUGAUGUUGAAGCCCUACGGUUGACAAGAGAUUUUUUUGACAUGAGUGAAUAAUCCACUAAUGACGGCGUUGAAGAUUGUGAUGAGGCCGCCAAAUCCUAAUAUACAUUUCUCCAUCAUGCAUGUAGAU